AUGCGACGAGCGGUCUCUGCUGUCCCCGUCGUGUCAGGUCCGUCGCAUGCGACGACGAAUGUGGGGUUUGAGCAGGUGAAUCAAGUCGCCAUCUGUGUGAAGAGAAGCCCUAUGCUCGGUGCUCAGUGCGUCGCUCGCUGCGUCGCUCCGUGCGCUUUCGGCUCUUCGCUCCGUGCCUCCCUCUGCGGUCGCGUGCUUCGAUCGUUUUGGUUCAAAAGGAACGGUCGGUUCGUGUCUCCAGAGCGUCUGACACCGAUGGCGGCGAGCAAGGAAGAAGAUGUGCAGAUGAUGCUGGUAUGCAAGACCCACUUGGGCACCCGCAACGUGGAUUAUCGGAUGAAGCGCUACGUCUUCCGCCGCACGGUGGAUGGGAUCCACAUCAUCCAUUUGGGCAAGACUUGGGAGAAGUUGCAGUGCGCUGCUCGGAUCAUUGUGGCCAUUGAGAACCCUGCGGACAUCAUCGUCGCGAGCCAGCGACCCUACGGUUCGCGGGCCGUGCUGAAGUUCAGCCAGUAUACUGGCGCCAACCCACUUGCUGGACGAUGGACUCCUGGUACCUUGACCAAUCAGAUCACCCAGAAGUACCUCGAGCCCCGACUGCUCAUCGUUACGGACCCCCGCACGGACAAUCAGGCGAUCAAGGAGGCGGCCUACGCGAGCAUUCCAGUCAUCGCGCUGUGUGACACCGAUUCGCCUUUGGAGAACGUGGACGUGGCGAUUCCCGCCAACAACAAGGGCAAGGAAUCCAUUGCGUUGCUCUACUGGCUUUUGGCCCGCGAGGUGCUCUACCUCCGCGGCACCUUGCCACGCGCGGCGCCUUGGGACGUCAUGGUGGACUCGUUUUUCUGGCGCGACCCGGAGGAGAUCAUGCAGCAAGAGGAGGAGCCUCAACCAGUGCAUCAGGAGUGGCAGGCGCCCACACAGGCCUGGGAAGGUGCAGGCACUGGGGGCAACUGGGACGACAUGACCAACGCCGCGGGCGAUGGCUCGUGGGAUGACCUGGUGAGUCUCAACGUGACGCGACGUUCUGGAGAGAAGGAGCUCGAAAAAGGAGCUGCGUCGGAUGGAACCAGGAUUUUGCCGUCCAUCAGCGGUGUCGUGUGCAACUUACCUGAGAGGCCGACAACAGCCAAUUGGCCAGCCUUCUUUGAGUUACUUCAAGAUCCAGAGGCGGCCGAGCUUCUGUCAGCGUCUGCCGCACUGCGCAAUCAGCUGGCAGGUGCUUUGGAUCCAUCGGACUGUGAAGAAGUGGCUCGCCUGGAGGAGCUCCUGACGGUCCAGGCCGAGCCGAGAGAGCGUGCACCGCGACCUCGCCGCGCCCGGGCGCCACCUUUGGGUUCGGUGACGCCGACAGGGUGGCUCGAGGAGGUGGUGCAGCGCAGCGCCAACGGCUUGCCGGGGCAUCUCUUUGAGUUCUAUCCCCCCGUGGUGGACUCCAACUUCGUGGGCGGUCGGUCUUCGUAUUCCAGCUUGCUGGAGGACUUCCCCUACGCUCUCAACGGUCUGGUGCCCUUGGCAGCAGCCUCGAAGAGUCCUCGCUUGGCCCAGCAGUGCACCGAUGCCGUUCGACGAGUGCUUGAGACAGGUGGACCGCCAGGUUGGUUGGGGCCUGACGAGUGGCCAGAGGGAGUCAUGGAUCAUCCCGAGGAACGUGCAGGCUUGCUCUCUGCCUCUUUAUGGUCUCGUUGGCCUUUGUUGCAAGCACUGGUGCCUUGGACUUGA